CUCACGAUCGACGGACUGCCGACGCAAACUACGGGAACGAAAUCGUAGUCCAAAACGGUAGAAAAUUUGAGUGUGUGAGUUUUCUGGCUGCAAAUGACGUAAUCAAGCAUAAUUUUUCAUAACGACAGACAGGCAGCAGCAGAGUGUGCAAAAAGGGUGAACAGAAAGGAAAAUUUGGUGGCCGAAGAUUUUUCAAGAUUUUCGGGCGAUUCGGAAAAUAUUGUUAAUCUGUGCGGGCAUCUGGGGUGCUGUGUGGAUCCAGAAGUUUUAGGAUAACGAAAUCGUGAAGGAAAUGGGUGGCUAAAUUUGCCGAAGAUAGAGCAAAGUGUUUUGAGUGUGUUGGGGGUGCAUAUCGUGGGAAGAAAUCAGUGAAAAAGGGAGCCGAAUCUUCACUUUGGCUCUGGAAGCAGCAGUAAAACCUGAGUCGUGUCUGGCUGAUUUUCUGAGAGAGGAAUGAAGAAAUUCGAAAAAUAAAAUGGUUGAUAAUUUCGAGUGCGCUGGCUAUACGUUUUACUCCAAGUUCGAUUCGGGAAAUUUGGGUCGAGUGGAGCUGGUCCGAUGCUGUGAAGGACUGAACAUAAUCGGUAGCAAUGUCAGCAGUAGUGUUGGUUGCCUAUCGGUAUCUAAUGUCGCCACCCCCUCAACCACCACCGUUGCCACUGCCAUUCCGGGUGGGCCGCUAUCGCCGGGAAGCGCCACCCUACUGGGCCCACCGGCUGCCAUCCUGUCUAGUGGGCCCCUGACGCUAAACAGUGCCAUCAUUUCCGGAGGGGGCAACUCGCCUUCCGCAACCCAUUACCAUUUUCAGCAGCAGCAACAUCAAUCAACUCCCACGCAGACUGGUACGGGCGGCUCUGUAACGGCUAGUGGGGUUGCUCCGGACCAGCAGCAGGUGCUCACCAGUCACCAGCCACAUCACCACUCCGCCGCAUUUAUCGAGGUGGAGUUUAAUCUAUGGACGCGAUCAGACUGUGCCGGAACGCCAUACGAAAAUCAGAACAGGACAUGGUUCUACUUUGCCGUAACUGGUGGCCGUCCGAAUCAAAUUGUCAAGUUUAAUGUGAUGAAUUUGAACAAGCAGGCAAAGCUGUUCAGCCAAGGAAUGCACCCGGUAAUGAAAGUCGGUCCCGGUGGUCGAUGGGAGCGGAUCAAAGAUAAGCCAUCCUAUUCGAUUGCCAACGACAUUUUCUUCAUAUCGUUCCUGCACAGGGCGCCCGAAUCAUCCGAAACUAAAACCUACUAUGCAUUCACGUUCCCGUUCACUUACAACGAACUGUUGGAACAGCUGGGUACCUUUGAUAAGCGCUACGGUCGCCAUACGUUUGAGAUGAAUCAGAUCGCACUAGAAAUAUCGCAACGAUAUGAUGCCUCGAUUCCUAUCGGCCCGGUGGAACUUGCUCCGGCGUUGGUCAAUCAUCACACUCAGUCGCACCACAGUGGCAAGAAAGGAAAGCUCGUGAAAACGGCCAAAGUUGAACGAUCCAGUCCGGAAUCGUUCGACGAAACGGCUCGCGAUGGCAUUGGAAGCGACGAAGCUCAUACGCCAAAAGUAAGCGAUCCUGGAGGGAAGCAUUUGGUUGACUGUGAUGUGCCGUCAGCCAUGUCGAUCGACGAUAAUAAUACGUCGGAAUCAAUGCAACAAAUCACCAACCUUGUGAACAAGGUGAAAAUAGAGUUACCCCCGCAGGCCGACCCCGGCAAGUGCAAGUUACCAAUCUUCCAACAGUUGCUAAACACACCAACUCUCGACGAUGAUCUGAGGGCCACCAAUCUGGAUCCGCGAGACGACAUUUACUACUAUCGGGAACUACUCACGCAUUCGGUGGAAAAGCGACGAGUUGAACUGCUGACGAUUACGUCGUUCCACGGUAUCCAGAACGUCCGCGAAGAACGGUUACGUAAUCUGUUUCCCGACGAUAAGACACCUCGGUGCCAUACGUUCAAGAACAAGAAGAUUGUUUUCAUCUCUUCGCGCGUUCAUCCAGGUGAAACACCGGCUAGUUUUGUGCUAAAUGGAUUUCUUAGUAUGCUGCUCGACCGAAAGAGCAUUGUUUCUAUUACGCUUAGGAGAAUGUAUGUGUUCAAAAUAAUCCCGUUCCUAAAUCCCGACGGCGUGUACAACGGAUUGUACCGAUCGGACACUCGUGGCCACAAUCUGAACCGAGUUUAUCUGAAACCGAACGUUGACACCCAACCGUCGAUUUAUGCAUCGAGAAAACUGAUCAGGUAUUAUCACCUCGGGACCGACGAAGCUGAACCAUACGAACUGGAGAACGAGAAAAAGGCAGCAUUACUCAGGAGUCCUGAGAGUAGUAGUGAGGAGAUUGUGGCCAUUUCACCCCUUGAGGAAAAUCCUACCAAUGUGAUCGAAGUUACUAGCACCCCAAGUAAGGAGUGCCCACCGACAAAGAAAGACUCCGAAUCCAACGAAGAAAACAAUGCGUCGACAUCGGAUUCCGGCUUUGGUGAGCAAACCCUCUCGAAAAGUAGCACCAUUUCGUCAUCUUCCUCCACGACAACUUUGGUCGGUACUGAAAUCUCGACGCCAUCCGUUUCAACUACAGCCACCGCCACUACCAUCACAACGACCAGUGCCACUGAAUUGACCACAUCCGCCAAUCCGGUCGAACCAUCAACACCAUCCGAAACCAUCGGAACGAUGCCAACGACCGACGAGGUACUUCCACAACCGAAAGUGUUCACCGAGCAGUUGAUUCCGGAUUUGCUGCCCGUGGUCACCGAAAGUGGCCUAGCGCUACGACCCGCUCGUAGCGUAUCUAAUCUCAGCACUGCCAGCAGCAUGGCCAACAGUACCACUACCAAUGUGAGCACAAUCGCACACAUCAACACGAAGAAGCCACCGCUGGUGACGGCCAAGGUCGAUACCGGUCGGAAGGGGGCGGCGUCCUCGUUCAAAAAUGUGAUAAAUAAACCCCACCUGAUUGCCACUACCCCUAACAUGCUCAAAAUUAAGGACUUUGGGGUUAAUGCAGCCCAACCGCAGUCGCAGCCUGCUCUGCAUCAACAGCAGCCCUUAGGGAAGUCAACAUCAGGGACUGUGGGUGCUAAGAAGGGGAAUUCUCUGCACCACAAACGGGGAGAAGGUAAAAUGCGUCCACAGACGCCCCAAAUGUAUAGCCAUUUCAGGUCCCACCGGAACGAGUAUCUCAACCCGGCUAGUCAAAAGAACCUCAACAUUAGUCUAGAUUACCUGGCGCAUUUGGACGAGAAAAACGACAAGGUGGUCUACGAAGAGAGAAGCAAUAUGUUCCUUUACAUUGAUCUGCAUGGGCAUGCCUCGAAGAAGGGAGUCUUUAUGUACGGCAACCAUCUGCCGAGCACGAUAGAAGCCAUUGAGUGCAUGCUACUGCCCCGGUUGAUGAGCAUGAACUCGCAACAUUUCCAUUAUGAUGCGUGUAAUUUUAGCGAAAGAAAUAUGUACUACAAGGGCAAACGGGACGGUUUGUCGAAAGAAGGUUCUGGACGGGUUGCCAUCUACAAGUGCACAGGAUUGAUCAAGAGCUACACCUUGGAAUGUAACUACAACACCGGUAAGAGUGUCAACAUCCUCCCUCCGAGGGGAAAAGAACCAAUCACUGCCAAAGUUCAGUCUCCGGUGCCACCGAAAUAUACACCGGCUGUGUUCGAGGAGGUGGGACGAGCUCUCGGUCCUUCGAUAUUGGAUCUUACGAACUCCAAUCCGCAAACGCGGCUGCACAAUUCCGAGUUCCGCACAUUGCAGGGUUUGCGCAAUACGCUUCGGAUAGAAAUCGAACGCGGUUCGUCGAAGGCUCGUGUCACCAACAAGGUCCCGAAGCCACAUUCCAAGCGACUCAGCAACCAAUCAUCCAGCUCGUUGGAGAUCGCUAAGGAGAACGCCCUCCAGUGGGAAAACAUUGGUGUUCCUUCGAGUGGGUCGAUCGCCGGAGCUGGGGGCGGCGCAGGCAGUCCACCUGGUGCUGGCGGGGUAAGUGGCAAUGGCAACGGAAAUGGGAAAGGAAACGGCGAUCCUCUGGGAGGUAACGCAUCCGGGUGCUGCUCGGCAACGUCCAGUGGCGGUAGACAGUUUCUCAAGGGAAGCUCCCUGAAGGGGCAUUCGGGGAAAAUUUCCCGUAAAACUGGAAAUGCCGGGGGGAAGGGAUUCGGUAAGAAGGAUGCUGUCAAGAAGAGUAAGAUCCUGUGCGAAUCUGGCGUUGCGGGUGCUGUCGUAACCAGUGGGAAGAAGCUGCAAGAGCUCAUGCGAAACAAAGAUCAGCAUCAAGUGCCUCGAAAAAAGAUCAAAGUGUCGCCUCCCCAUCAGCACGGUAGCACAGUCGAUGGUUUCGACCUUUGUUUCAAAAGUAAUCUUGCAACUUCUUCGUUACCGAAUUUCUUGGCAACACCGCCAUCACUGGGAGAUCUUCCCAUCUCGAAAAAAGUUAAAUCGGAAGCAAAGUUGUUAGAAGAGUGCCUGGACUGUGACGACAGCCUGGAUGCGAUUCCGUGCUGUUCGUACACACUGCCAACGACCACAUCCGGUGGAGCAGUAGCGCUCACCAAAUUGAUCUCGACCUACAGUCAAGCGGCGGCUGGGUCCCCUGGUGUGGCUUCCGGCGAAGGCAUGAGUCCCAUCUGUAGCAGCGUCAUUGCGAUAAACUCCGGCAGUGGUUCUUCGUCGGGAGGGGAGAAGGACACGGGUAAGGUGGGGGGCAAAAUAAGUAAGUUUAGUAAGGCCACUUCGGCCAAGCAGCAGGCCAAAUUGGGUAAAUCUUCCAAAUCAAACGACGGCGGGAAACUGCUGAAGAAAAAACGAUCGCUCAAGACUGACUCAAAUCUGAAGCGUAAGAAAACUCGUGUUAAGCCGCUUGCCUAGGAUGUUGGGGUCUAGAGCUAAUUGAGGAUGUGGCGGAAAUUGUGAUUCAGGAAGGACGUGUGCUUUCGAAUAUUGUUUUCUUUUACUAUUGGUUUUUAUUUAUAUAACAUACAUUGAAAAGUUUUGUUUUUAUUUUGUUGAACUAGAAGAGUUUGAGCAUGUAUCACGUGGUUAAAUUAAGAAUUUGGAUACAGCCUUUUACUGCCAUUAAUGAACAACUAUUCAUACAAUCAUACAAUUUUUCAAUUCUUUGCCAUAACAAACCUAAAAUAUAUGCAUUUCCAGAUAACAGCAUAGCUUAUCGUAUUUCAUGCUUUCAAGAAUGAUCAGUUGCUUGAGUUCCUCAGCAAUUUCGUAAAUUGGCGCAUCCCGUUUAAAAACCCAUUUUCUAAUUGUGAAAUGAUUGUAUCCAAAAUAAGUUUAAUCUUUACUUAAUCUAUAUACAUAUUUACAUUUUGAUUUUUUAUUUAUUGAAAAUUCUCAUCAUUCGUUCUAAGUAACACUCCACUUCACGGUUUUGAAAAGUAUAACACAAAUUUGCACACCCAAAUCAAAGAUUUUCAGACAUAACAUUCGAAACAUUCAUUUAUUCACAUUCGGAUGUUCCACUAAUCUCAUAUAUGGCAAGAAGAAAAAUUGAAAUUACUGGAACAUAAUUGAGUGCCGCGAAUAUCAAAAGUGAAUAAUUGAAAGCGUCGAUUGUUUCGUAUGUUACGUCUGUGUAUCUACACUUAAACAUACUCUGUAAUAAUGAAUAGAUGGCAAAAGAAAACCGAUUGAAAAUUCUGUGUAUAAUCAGAGAGUAACCUUAAUGUGCACUAGGAAGAAGAUACAAUUCAUUACUAGGAAUAUAUAAUGAUAAAACCCCAUUGAAAUGAAGAAAUUUAGAAAUUGAUCAAAAGAAGCAACAUCUAUUUGUUAAAUAUUAACACUCGGCAUAGAAAGAUUGGCUCUUAUUCGACAGAACAGAAAGACAACACUCACUCAAAUACUGGCCAGCAUCGCAGUAAAGAUCAUCUUGGAAGUAUUGAGCGAUUGUUGUUUGAGCAACGUGUGUAGUUUGGAACUGGAGAAUCUAAUUUUGGGAAUGGUUGUGCGAAAAUUUGGACUUUGAUAGUAAAUAUCGAUGAUAAGUUGGAGUAUGAAUGUGCCAGGCAGGAUGGGAAACGCUAUCGACCCUGUUGAUAAAGAAGUGUGCAAACGCAAUAAGAGGAAAAUAAAUGGAGAAUAACUAUGAAAUUAAAUAAUGCAGAAUAAUUAAAA